AUGAGAGUGCUGCUACUACAGAGACAAUUGGACGACCCCAGAAAAGUCAUCAAGACCGGCGAGGGCCAUGGCCCUGCAGCGGACCCGCUCCCAUACCUCGAGGAAGAGCUCUCUCAAUACCGUGUUGCCACAGUUCCCGGACUGGUCCUGCCACCAUUGACCGCCGGCGCGAUCGGAUAUGUUGGAUACGAUUGCGUGAGAUACUUCGAGCCCAAGACGGCCCGGCCAAUGAAGGAUGUUCUCGGAGUGCCCGAGUCCUUCUUUAUGCUUUUCGAUACCAUCGUUGCAUUUGAUCACUUCUUCCAGGUCGUCAAGGUCAUUACCUACGUCCCCAUCCCCUCGGCAGAUGCCGACAUCGAGGCCUCAUACCUCAAGGGCCAAGAAAUUAUCCAAAAGACAAUCGAGACUCUGCUCCAGGACCGCACACCAUUGCCACCCCAGGGCCCUAUCAUCCCCGACCAAGAAUACACCUCUAACAUUGGACGAGAUGGUUACGAAGGUCACGUCAACAAAUUGAAGCAACACAUCGCCAAGGGUGAUAUCUUCCAAACCGUGCCAUCACAACGGCUUUCACGACCUACCUCUCUUCACCCCUAUAACCUCUUCCGCCACCUCCGUACCGUCAACCCUUCUCCCUAUCUCUUCUAUAUCGAUUGCCAAGACUUCCAACUGGUUGGAGCUAGUCCCGAGCUCCUAGUUAAGGAAGAGAAUGGUCGCAUUAUCAGUCACCCCAUUGCAGGCACAGUGAAGCGCGGCAAGACCGUGGAGGAAGACGAUGCUCUCUCCGCCGAGCUCCGCAGCAGUCUCAAGGACCGCGCAGAGCAUGUCAUGCUGGUCGAUCUCGCCCGCAACGACGUCAACCGCGUUUGCGACCCCGUCACCACACAAGUCGACCGACUCAUGGUCGUGGAGAAGUUCUCCCACGUCCAGCACCUGGUUUCCCAGGUGUCCGGUGUUCUACGCCCGGGCAUGACUAGAUUCGAUGCCUUCCGCUCUAUCUUCCCCGCAGGCACAGUCUCCGGCGCACCCAAGGUGCGCGCCAUGUCGCUCAUCGCCGAGCUGGAGGGCGAGAAGCGUGGUGUUUACGCCGGUGCCGUUGGCUACUUUGGUUACAAUAGUGCGAACGCGGAUGGCUCUGCGGAAAUGCCCGGUGCCAUGGACACCUGUAUCGCUUUGCGAACUAUGAUGGUCAAGGAUGGCGUCGCUUACCUCCAAGCUGGUGGCGGCAUUGUCUUUGACUCGGAUCCUUAUGAUGAGUACAUGGAGACGAUUAACAAGCUUGGUGCUAACAUUGCUUGCAUUAAGGGUGCUGAGGCCAAGUAUCUUAGCAUGGAAAAGCAAUAA